AUGGCGACGGACCUCGAUUGCUUUAGCACGUACAUUGAUCACCUCAUUCUUCUUCUGGCGGCACGCUUCCAUGCACCGCUGGACGUAUCAGUUGAGGACUUGCUGCCCAGCAGCGUGAACCUGUCAGCCAAAGCACAAUGCCCGUGGGAGCUGGUGGCCCGCUCCGUGCAGCAGGCGCUCCGCACCCCGCAGACCGCACAGGAGCGCCUCCUGAUGCGCCAUCUAGACGUGCACCACUUCUCGGCGUCGAUGUGUAGGGAGAGGGCGCGCUACAUGCAGUGGAAGCUGCAGGAGUGCCGGCGUCGUCGCGGCGACAAGCAGCAGCUCUUGCAAUCACCAGCAGUGCCGUCAGAAGCCCGAGCAACCGCAAGCUCCACUGACGCCACGAGUGCCACAGCCGCGGUCCAGCCUCGCGAUGUGAAAUGCACAUCUCUUCACAACGACGUUUCCUCUAUCUACAAGCUCGUGCACCAGUCGCUGCCCUGUACGCUGGGCGACUCCGAGAGCGACGACGACAGCGAGGAUGCGCAGGCGCCAACGGGGUCCGUGCAGUCGGUAGCGUCCGCGAGUGAGCCAUCCGCAUUCGAGAGAGUUCAUGAGGUGUUCAUGCGUACCCCGGCAGAGCAGGAGCGCGAUGAGCUGGUCGCCCGCGCGCGGGACGAGUUUCUGAGUCAGGUGCAAGCACUGCAGUCCGUUUACUACGACAAGUAUCACCGCUGGAUGGAUGCACCGGCAAGCGUCUUGGACCCUCCUCCCGCGUCGAGCAAGCAACCUGCGCGCACAAAUGGCGCCGCCGCUGCGUUCGAGAGCGCUGCACCGCAGCGGGACUCAGAGAGUGAGCGGGCGGCGUUGCUGGAGGCCCUCGGGGCGGCAGCACCACCACCGCCUUGUCCCAGGACACAGGCGAAUUACAUCAACGGGAGCGGUGCCACUCACCGCACAGAGAAACCCCAUACCCUCGCCUCCAUGCUCCGCCAGGUGCAGCUGCAGCGCCCUUUGCGCCCCUCUGCCGUGCCGGAUGACGUGCUGGAGAGCAUGUACCGCGCGCGCGCCGAGUCUGAGGAGGCGACAAAGAACCUGUGCAUCGCUAGUGGCUUGCGCAGCUCUCCCCCUGCAGCCUCCACCUCCGUGACUCCGUCGUUCGCCGGUGGUUCUGCUGAUACCAUAGUCGCGAAAGUUGUAGCUGUGGCACCAUCCUUAUCACAGCCUUCGUCCUCCGCGGAAGCGGUUCGAAAGGACACGGCGCCGCCAGCGAGCCGCCGCCGCCGCUGGCAGAUUGUCGAGUACGAUGAUGAUGAUGAUGGCGAAGGAUAG